AUGGAGCGCCUCUGUUUCUUUUUGUGUGAGCAGCCCGACUUUUGGACGGAACCAGAGAAUGCGAUUAGGAAAGCGUAUCGUUUAACGGAUACAAAUCUAUUGGAACAAGCCAUUGAUUUGGGCAAAGGGGGUUCAACGGCAGUGACAGCAAUAUUGAUCAACUGCCAGAAGCUGGUAAUAGCAAAUGUUGGCGAUUCCCGGGCUGUGAUUUCUAAGAAUGGUGUGGCUAAACAGCUUUCAGUUGAUCAUGAGCCCGCUUCUGAAAGGGAGAGCAUUGAAAAUAGAGGCGGUUUUGUUUCGAACUUUCCAGGGGAUGUCGCGCGUGUUGACGGUCAGCUUGCGGUGGCGAGAGCAUUUGGUGACAAGAGUUUAAAGAAACAUCUUACUUCGGAGCCAGAUGUGAGCAUUGUAACAAUCGACGAAGAUACCGACCUCAUAAUAUUGUUUAGUGAUGGUUUAUGGAAGGUAAUGUCAAACCAAGAAGCUGUCGAUGCUAUCAAAGGCAUUAAGGAUGCUCGAUCUGCUGCAAAACACCUAACUGAGGAAGCUGUUAAGAGAAACAGCAAGGAUGACAUUUCCAUCAUUGUUGUAAAAUUUUAGUGAUCUGUAAGUGUGGCAACUUCACCUGUUUCCGUAUGAUAACGAACUCUUUUUUGUACCUUUCUUAUGUUGGAUAGAAUGUUAUGCAUAUUUUGUGUGGUA